ACCCUUCCUUUCACAAGUCAUAAAACUCCCUUCACUUGCUCUGAAAUUUUCAUGUAUCACUUUCCCUUCACUGGUUCUAUUAUCGUUCUUCUUCUUCACUAAGAAUCCAAAAAAAAAUGAACGAUCUUAUGACGAAAUCCUUCACCAGCUACGUGGAGCUGAAGAAGGUCGCAAUGAAAGAAGACGUUGAUUUGGAAGCCGGUGGUCCUGGUGAUCGCAAGGUGGAACUGAGCUCUUCCACGACCCACUUGGACACAGACAUGGGCCUCUUCCUAGAAGAGGCCGAGAAGGUGAAGGCCGAGAUGGGGUCCCUCCGAGACAUCCUGGGCCGGCUCCAGCAGGCCAACGAGGAGAGCAAGUCCCUCCACAAGCCUGAAGCCCACAAGGCCCUCAGAAGCCGAAUCAACGCUGAAAUCCUUGCCGUACUCAAGAAGGCCCGGGCCAUCCGGACCCAGCUGGAGGAGAUGGACCGCGCCAAUGCCGCCAACAGGCGCCUCUCCGCCCUCAAGGACGGGACCCCCGCCAUCUACCGGACCCGGAUUGCUGUCACCAAUGGCCUCAGGAAGAAGCUGAAGGAGCUCAUGAUGGACUUUCAGGAUCUGAGGCAGAGGAUGAUGACUGAGUACAAGGAUACUGUGUGUAGAAGGUACUUCACAGUUACUGGGGAGCACCCAGAUGAGGAUGUGAUUGAGAAGAUCAUCGCCAACGGGAACGAGGAAGAGGUUCUUGCUAAGGCCAUAGAGGAACACGGGAGAGGGAAGGUUCUGGAUACCGUGCUGGAAAUUCAGGACAGGCAUGAUGCUGCCAAGGAGGUUGAGAAGAGUCUGCUUGAGCUGCACCAGGUGUUUCUUGACAUGGCUGUCAUGGUGGAGGCACAGGGUGAGAAGAUGGACGACAUCGAGCAUCACGUCUUCCACGCUUCCCACUAUGUCAAGGAUGGAACCAAGAGUCUCCAGAGUGCAAAGGAGUACCAGAAGAGGAGCAGGAAGUGGAUGUGCAUUGGGAUCAUUCUUCUGCUCAUUCUUAUUCUGGUUAUUGUUAUUCCUAUUGUCACCAGUUUAAGCAGUUCUUGAGCUUAGUAAGGAGGAGACUUUGGAUGAUGAUGAUGAUGAUUCUUCUUGACUCAUCGUGUUUAGAGUGCUUGAUGGGAGAUAAUGAUUCAUCUUUUUUUCUUUUCCUGCAGAUUUGUUUAAUUGUUGUUAAGGUGUUACCUUAACCAUGAUUUUUCUAUCUUUGCGAAAUUGAAAUAUAAUUCAAUCAUGUUUUAGUGAUUUUUCUCUA